GAUUGAAGCUGAUUGUUUGAAGCUGAUUGAUUGAUUGAAGUUGAUUGAUUGAAGCUGGUUGAAGCUGAUUGAUUGAAGCUGAUUGAUUAAAGCUGAUUGGUUGAAGCUGACUGAUUGAAGCUGAUUGAUUGAAGCUGUGUAUUUUGUGUAGAGAACAACUGCAUUGAUCCGACUGUUGUUCGGAGGUUUUUUUUUGUUUUGUUUUUUAUACUUUUUUUUAUUGGAGACCAGCAUUUCACAAGCAUCAAUACAAGAUACACAGUUAUUCCACAGCUGUUUUCCACCCUUUUCUGUUCCAUGGAACAUUAGAACAAAGAACCAGAAAAGGAACAUCCCCCAAGAACAAAGAGGGAGAGAAGAAAAAAUAAAUAAAUAAAUAAAUAAAUAAACAAACAAAUAAGCAAAAAUAAAAUGCACAAGUAGUCAACAAGUUGGUGAAAACAAAUAGGUACAUAAAUACAAAGAACAAACAAACAAAAUAGAACAAAACACAAAGGGAGGUGAAAGAGAGAAAUCGACAAUAAUAAUAAAAGUAAAAACAAUAGACAAAUAAAUAGAGGAUGCCCAGUGUGUUCACUAAACAAUUUGAUAGAAUAAAAAAUUGGAUGCAUCAGAUUGAUUCAGUUGGGGUCCAAAGAGGUGAGGGUGUUUACAUAUGUGAUGAGAGGCUGCCAUCUUUCAUAAAAAUUGGCUGCUGAGCCUCUUAGGGAGUAUUUAACUUUUUCCAAUGACAGAAAGGACAUUAAAUCACUUAACCAAGAAGUAGUAGGAGGAGCAUUUGGGCUUUUCCAAUGCAGUAGAAUACGUCUGCGGGCUAUGAGCGAGGCAAAAGCAACAACAUCAGAGUUUUUCUUAGUGAGACUAGUUGGAGUACGAGGUACCCCAAAGAUGGAUAUCAGUGGGCAGUGUUCCAACUUGAUACUGAGGGCAUUGUUUAACGAUUUAAAAAAACAUGACCAGAAAUGGACUAGUUUGGGACAAGAAAAAAACCUAUGAACAUGGUCUGCUGGAGAUAAACCACAUCUAUCACAGAUAUCAUUUGUGCCUGGAAAUAGCCUACUAAUUCUGUUUUUUGUGAAAUGAAUUUUGUGGAGAACCUUAAAUUGGAUUAAACUGAGACGAGCACAAGAAGAUGUAGAAUUGACCCUGAUCAGUGCCUCUCUCCACCACUCAUCUGUCAAAUCAAAGCCAAGCUCCCUUUCCCAACUCUCCCUGACCCUCACCAGGGAAGACAUGUUCGAAGAUGAUAUGAGGUCAAAUAAUACUGAAAUCUUACUACGAGCCAUUGGAAGAGAGAGUACCUCAGUAAGAAGAGAUCCCAUUGGAGAUUGGGGGAAAGAAGUAAAGUGUGUGCGAGCAUAAUUCCGUGCUUGGAAAUAUCGAAACGUGUGAGAUUGGGGCAAAUUAUAUUUAACACGGAGAUCAUUAAAUGUAGCAAAUAAGCCCUUUGAAUAUAAAUCUGAAAAACGAACCAGACCUCUCUCUCUCCACAAAGUGAAAGCUGUGGCUGCAUUGGAGGGGGGGAAGAAAUGAUUAUUGCAAAUAGGGCUUAAUGGUAUGGGUGUUGAAAGUUUGAAAUUUUGCCUGAAUUGUUUCCAAAUUUUCAAAGAGGAAAGUACAAUUGGGUUUUUGAUAUAACUAGGAUAACGAGAAGCUAGAGGGGCACAAACCAGAGCCGCAAGAGAUGAGGGAUGGCAAGAAGCAUCUUCCAUUAUGCACCAGUCCAAACUGGGAGAAUUACACCAGGCAUGGAUUUUUUGAAGAUUGGCAGCCCAAUAGUAAAAUAAUAAGUUAGGCAGUGCAAGGCCCCCAUCUGAUUUGCUUCUUUGGAGUGUUGUUCGACACGCUCUUGGGUUCUUACCAGCCCAAACAAAUUUUGAGAUCAUUUUGUCUAAAAUAUGUAUAAAUGAUUUAGAUAAAAAAAAUUGGAAGACACUGGAAAAGAAACAAAAAUCUCGGAAGACUAUUCAUUUUAAUAGAAUUGAUUCUGCCUAUCAAAGAGAGAGGGAGGGAGUCCCAGCGCGCCAGAUCAGACUUAAUUUCCAUUACCAAUUUUGUAAAAUUAUUCUUAUAUAGUGAGGGGAGAGAAUGAGAAAUAUUGAUACCUAAAUAGCGAAAGCUGUUAUGAGCUAAUCGGAACGGUAGUGCAUUUGAUGGGAUCUGUUUAGCUGUUAUGUUUACCGGAAAACACUCGCUUUUACUGAUGUUUAAUUUAUAACCUGAAAAUGAUCCGAAAGUUGUCAAGAUUUGUAAAAUAUUAUCUACACAGCUAACUGGGUCAGUGAUAUAUAGCAACAGGUCAACAGCAUAGAGAGACACCCGAUGCUCCAGUCCAGCUACCAGUGAAACAUGAAGAAGAUUUGAGAGCAAUGGAAAGAGGCUCUAUUGCUAUGGCAAAAAGCAAGGGGGAGAUUGGGCAACCUUGGCGGGUCCCUCUUGAUAGAGGGAAAUAUUCAGACCUUUGAAAGUUAGUUGUCACAGAAGCAGAAGGGGCAGAGUAUAAAAGUUGUAUCCAUGAAAUAAAUUUAGACCCAAAGCCAAAUUUCCCCAAAACAGAAAACAAGUAGUCCCAUUCAACCCUAUCGAAGGCUUUCUCCGCAUCUAAAGAUAUAACCAUUUCAGCAGCUUGGGAUGUGUUAGGAGAUAGUACAAUAUUUAAAAGUCUUCUAAUGUUAGAUGAUAGUUGGCGACCUCUAACAAACCCUGUUUGAUCCAAAGAAAUUAUAUCUGGUAGACAAGGGUCCAAGCGGCAUGCUAGUACUUUGGCUAAAAGUUUUAUGUCUGAAUUUAAUAAACUUAUUGGUCUCCAGUUGCUACAUUCAUCUAAGUUCUUGUCUUUCUUAGGAAUGAGCGAGAUUAAAGCCUGAUUUAAAGUUGGCGGCAGAGAGCCCCGCUUCAGUGAAUCAUUAAACAUGUCUAAUAACAAAGGAGCAAGUUGGUGGGAGAACUUUUUAUAAAAGUCAACCGGAAAUCCAUCCGGCCCGGGAGCUUUGUUAUUUUGUAUUAAUUUAAGACAAGAAGUUAAUUCUUCCAACUGUAUAGGUUUUUCCAACUCCUCUUUAAUACGAGGAUCUAUGGUAGGUAUAUCAAUGUUAUCCAGGAAAUUAUCCAUUGUGGUCCUAUUUGCAGGAGGUUCGGACUGAUACAGGUUAGAAUAAUAGAAAGCGAAGGUGGAAUUUAUUUCAGCUGGGCUGACAGUUAGAGAGCGAGAGGAGUCAUAAAUUUGUGAUAUGAAAUUUGAGGCAGACCGGCGUUUAAGUUGGAGGGCGAGGAGACGGCUGGCUUUAUCACCAUAUUCAUAGUAAGUCCCUUUGGUCCAUCUUAAAAGGUACUCUGCUUUAUGUGUAGAGAGAAGGUCAUAAUCAGAUUGUAAUGUAACCCUUUUAGCAUACAAUUCUGGACUGGGGGAGCAUGAGUAUUCUCUAUCUACGCUGAGGAUUACAUCAAAAAGCUCUUGCUGUUUUUGUUUAUUUUUCCUAGCCAGAUGUGUGCUGUAUGAGAUAAUAUCUCCCCUAAUUACCGCUUUUAAUGUUUCCCAUAACAGAGAGGGCGAUGUGGCCUCAGUCUUAUUAUUCUCAAGGAAAACAUCUAUUUUUUUUAAAAUUUAAUCACAGAACUCAGCUUUAGCUAGUAGCCCUGUAUUAAACUUCCACUGAUUUGUAGUGAUAGGUGCUAAAUCUAAAAUGUGAGGAGCAUGAUCAGAAAUAACAAUAGCAGAAUAUUCAGUGGAUUUGUGUUGUAUGUUAUAUGUUAAAGAGUUCGGUCUAGACCUGCUCUAUUUGAAAAGUGUCCUGAGAUAACUUCUGUUAUGAAUUGGCGCUAUACAAAUAAAAUUGAAUUGAAUUUAAUUGAAUUGAAAUUUCACAACAGGUAGAAGAGCCCUAUCUAUAAAAAAAUUGUCGAUGCAGGAAUAAGAUUGGUGUACUUUGGAGAAAUAAGAAAAUUAUUUUGAGAAUGGGUGGAGCAGGCGCCAAGCAUCUAUGCAGCCCAAUUGGCUCAUGAUAGAUGAUAAUGUCUUCGACAUGGCAGAGGGUAUAAGUACUUUCGGAUGGGAUCGGUCAAGUUUGGGGUCUAUUACUAGGUUCAGGUCCCCCCCUAAAAUGAGACGAUGGGUAUCCAAGUUGGGGAUUUUGGAAAAAAGGGAAGUCAUAAAAUUUGGGUUGUCCCAAUUAGGGGCGUAAACAUUAACCAAUACAACUGAAGUCUGAUAUAAUGUGCCACUUACUAUAACAUAACGCCCAUGGGGAUCAGAUAUGACCUGAUCAGGGGAGAACUGGAUACGUUUAUUAUAAAGAAUAGCAGCGCCUCUGGAUUUACUAUUGAAAGCUGAAUGGAAUAUUUGCACUUUAGAUCGCUUUAUUGGGUCCCCAAGUCCACGAACGUUCCAACUCACAAGCCGAAUACUAGACCCACUCAGUCCUCUCUGGGAGAUACUUGGGCUAACCAUUAAUCACUUGUGAAUGAUUAAAUGCAAAGAUAUUAAUAAGAAUGGCAGGAAAUAAAUGAGCAUCCUGGUUAGGAACCAGAUGAGCAUCACGGUAGCAUCCAAAUGAAGUUAGCUUUAAGAAAGAAACACAAAAAACCUCCCAGUAAGUAAAGAAAGAACACACAUACCUCCCAAAAACACACUGGCCAGUGUAUAGACUGUAAGCCAUCCAACAAGUUGCUUCCUAAGCUCGUCGUAACGGAACAAGACGAGUUGCAAGACUGGAGUAUACACAACCGGUUUACCAUGCAGUAGGUUCUACCUCCUGAAGAACCAAAAUAUACGCCAUAUAAAAGUUUGUAACACCUAUUUAUGAAAGCAAUCUGGAGUAACACUGAAAGGCGGGAAAAGGAAGGACCUGUAAUUGUACCAGAUUGAACAUAUAAUCCUCCAGCUAAAAUGUGCAGGCAAAGAUAGGAGAGAAUCCCUCUUUAAAAUUACGAAGUGAAUAAUAAAAAAUAAAAGUAAAAAUACAAAUAAAAUUAAAAAAAAUACACUAAAAUAAAUUGUUUCAGGCCAUAGACUGGUGACUUCAAGCCCCAUACAAAGUAAAGACAGUGGUGGAUUUUAAUACCCACAUGUCAGGGAAUUAAGAGUGUGUUUCCUUGAACAGACAAGACAUUUUAUAUAUAAACAAAACACAAAAGCCACAGGCGGAAUAAAGCAAAACAGCUGGCCAUGAUAUUUAACUACUGUCCGCAUCUAACUGGAGAUAGGAUGGAGUAAUAUGUGGUACUGUUCAUAGUCUGUGGUCCAUUUCAACAGUGUAGUCGCGCCUUACCUCGAGAAAGUCCAGCAAAAAAUUAAAAAAAUAAAUAAAUAAAGAUAAUGGUCCCAAGAGAAUCGUUAAUUCACAUGAAUCGGUGAUCGUUCCACCCGUUCCCUCUUUCAUGAGUCGCGUAUGCGUUCCUCGUAAAACAGCUCCGCUUGCUCCGGGGAGUCGAAGAUGUGGGUCACACCGUUGAAAGUGACGCGCAGCCGGGCAGGGCUAGGAUUUCACCUGGUUGAAAGCAGCUCGCCUCUUCGCCACUGCAGCACUGAAGUCUUCGUAAAACUUGAUGUUAUGACCCCGAUAAAUCAUAUUGCGGUGUUCCUUUGCCCAAAGCAACACUCUCUCUUUAUCGAUGUAGCGGUGAAAGCGCACUAUCACAGGGCAGGAUCUUUGACGAGGUUUGGGUCUGAGACUACGAUGGGCACAGUCUAGUUCAGGUGUGGAGUUCGAUCUGUAGCGUCUGUAGCCACUUCCUUGAAUAAAUCAGCCAUGAAUUGUCUCGGGUUGUUACCUUCAAUGUCUUCAGGAAGUCCAAUCACUCUUAGAUUCUGAUGCUUUGAGCGAGACACCAAGUCCUCCAAGGCAGCCUGGAGAGCACUGUUCUCUUCCGUUAUAGAGGUUAGCUUGGAGCGUAGCUCCACUACGUCUUGCUCCAGGCUAGUGAUGUUAUCCGAGUGGGUCGAGAGGGCCGUUUCCAUCUCCGAAAUUGUAGAAGUGUGUUUAGCCACAGUGGUGGCAAUGGACUCAAGAGCUGAAUUAAUUGGGGCGAGGGCCGCAUUCAAAGAGGCGGUGAGCUCCGCAGUAGUGCUUUUCCUAGAUUUUUCCAGUUCGAUGAUUAGCGUUUCCAAAGUGAGAGGGGAAGGCCCUGACGCCAUGUUGCUAGCUUCCCGACCAGAGAAGGGGAGAGUCUGUUGUUGUACCUGACUUUUCCGAGAUUGUUUACUCAUUCUUAUGCAGGUUCAGCGCGACGUUCAUUAAAAUAGGUAGUUACACCGAAAAUAUACUUGAAAGAAUGAUGUAAUUAACAAAUUUUCACGAAAUUGUACGGAGGUAUGCCCCACACGUCCGUCCUCUACAUCGUCAAACCGGAAGUUCGUUCGGAGGUUUAAUGAUUGCAAUAAAAAACAUGAAUAUUGUUGCAGUUGAAGGAAUUAUGCAUGACUGAGACACAGUGGCAAGUUGAUUUAUAAAUAUUUUUACAGCAGUUAGCCAGACUGCGUGCACCUUCCUGUCUCACCUAUCUCACAUUCAGAGAUGGUUUCCUAUGUGAGGGCAUCGGUAGGAUUUACUUUAAGAUACUUCAGGAUGUUUCAGGUUCUUUACGGUGUUGAUCAUGUUUGACAGAAAUGAUGUAAACACUGGUGGCUGAUGGGAAACUUCUCUGUUCAGACCAUGCAGACCUUCAUUCUUCACCUACUGCUGAUGGCGAUUCCCCUCCCCGUUGUCACAGCGACGCCUGCACCUAUCUCCGAGGAAGGCUGGGAGCCCCCCUUCGGCACUCCUCCCACGCCCCCCUACCCACCCAUGAACGGCCCCAGACUCAAUUUUUACCCUGAUGUAGUCAACGCAACAGAGGCGCCGGCUGGGGCCCUGGAGGCAUACUGCCAGACGCUGCUGCAGGCACCGGUCCCCUUACCUGCAGACCAGAUCCCCUGGUUCUGUCUCUGCACAUACUGCCAGAGCAGCAAGGGGCCCAAGGGAGACCGAGGAGACCGCGGACUACCAGGUACUCCAGGUAGCCCUGGACGAAGAGGGAUGACGGGGUUCAGAGGUCCUCCAGGUUUUACAGGCAGACAAGGAGUCAAAGGACAGAAAGGAGACGAGGGUGAGAAGGGAGACAGAGGGCCCCAGGGUGUUUUUGGACCCAAAGGAGACAGAGGAUUCAAAGGUGACAAAGGCGAACAAGGUCUGGAGGGCCCUCCAGGUGAUCAGGGUCUUAAAGGAGAUGAUGGGUUCUGUCCAGAUGCCUGCGAGUCAAGCCAGGGUCCCCCAGGACCAUCUGGUCUUCCUGGCCCUGUAGGAUCUAGAGGUCUUCCUGGUAUCCCAGGACUUCUGGGUCCCAAAGGCGAGAAGGGUGACACAGGGGAUCUGGGUCAACCUGGUGUCCCUGGAUCUGCGGGUCAGAAAGGAGAACCAGGUCCUCAGGGGGACUGUAACUGUACAGAUGGGGUAGAUGGGGCUGCAGGGAAUAAUGGAGAUAAAGGAAACAAGGGGGAUGAGGGACAGAUGGGGAUUGCGGGGCAGGGAGGGCCAAAGGGGGAUAAGGGGGACAUGGGGCUCAUGGGGAUGAUGGGUCUUCCUGGUCCCUGCAUGUCCAACAUCCAGUCAGCAUUUGCUGCAGGUCUGGAGUCCAGCUACCCACCACCCCAAGCCCCAGUGGUCUUCUCCCAAGUCCUGUACAACAUCCAGGGCAGCUAUGACCCCAGCACUGGAAUCUACACCGCUCCCGUCAACGGCACCUACAUCCUCAGUUACCAUAUCACAGUCCACGAACGAGUCCUCAAAGUUGGCCUCUUCCACAACUUCAGACCGGUUAUCAAAACCACUGAGACCAAACUGUUAGGGACCACCUCACAUUCAGUAGUCCUCCACCUGGCCCGUGGUCACCGGGUGUGGAUCCAGGUGAAGGAUCAGGUUACUAAUGGUAUGUUUGCUGGCAUUGAGUCCAGCAGUACCUUCUCUGGGUACUUGCUCCACCCUGAUAACUGUGAUAUGGCCAUACUUAGAUCACCCAUGCCCCCAAUAAGCCCACCACAGGGGGGAUACACCUGGGACGGCACCCCUGAGUCCAGCACCGCCAAACCCCCAACUUCACCAGCUGGUGGAGGAUUCAAUUAGCUUUAGUGAUGAAUAAAUAGUUUUUGGUCGCCAGUAGAAGAGAGACCUCCGUACAUUGAUAUUCUUACACCAAUCAACCAACAAAUGCUCAGUAUGAGGAUUAGAUUAGUCUGACCCAUGAAAAGAGACCCCCUUAACUGUUGACAAAUUCAUUAACACUAUUGACGUCUACCAAACAAUGCACAUUGGGCCUCAUACAAGAGCCACUCAUACAGACAAAUCUGUCCUUAAUUGGUUUGUAGGAUUUAGGAGAACUUGCAGCAUUCACUAAUUUUCUCUUAUUUUGAAUUUCUUCUUCAGUAUGAAGACAGUUUACAAGGUCCAGACUCUCGUAGGAGUCACACAAAAGUUCCCAUUCCUUAAAAAUGUAUUUCCAACCACCUAAAACCAGGAGCUUUGAUCUGUAUCCAUGAGGGCCUCCUUUAGGGGAAAACCAGCUGACGUUCCCAAAAGCUGCUGCGAUAGUAAAGAUCUGUGUGUUCAGAAUGAAAAUGGUAACCUGUGACCUGAGUUUAGUAAUUUGACCAAUAAUCUUGUACGAAUGGAUUAAAAUGGGUUAAAUAAAAUGUUUUAUAUUCCAGCCAACCACUGCACAGGGAUUCAGUGUGGGUCCACCGGUGUGUGUUUGGUUCUGAUCAGAGCUGUUUGUUAUUCUCUCGGCGUCGACUCUUAUAGAAGCUGUUUGUGAGGACUGCUGUAAUAACAUCCUGUCGUGUUGGCAUGAUGGUUUCUAUUUAUCUACUAUCUCUUUGCCCUCUUUGUAUGUAAACCAGUGCGUUGUUAGUGUUUUUAGGGGCAGCGAGUCAUCCGAUGAUCCCCUGAUACUGAUCCUACAGCGUGGCUGUAAAUGGAUACCAGAGCUUGCUUUAGAUCCACAUUGUCUCCACUGGGGAGGGUUUCCCUAAAGUAUCUCUGCUCUGUUCUCCAACAAAGGAACAAAAACAGCCAGGUGUGUUUGGAUCAUCACACCCAGACACAUCAAAUGUCUAACGAAGCACUUCUGACCUGAUAUCUGAGGAGGAACCUGAACCCGGAAACCUCCCAGAAACUAAAAUCAGGGCGUCAAAAUAUUUUCACAGAAUAUUAUAAAACCUCCUGAGCACAAGUUCAAAAUAUAAUCUGUUGGGCCUUCAGGGACCCCGUAGAUUAUCUUCCUGUUUGUUUGCACCAGAACUAAAAACAGAUUCAUUGUUUCUAGAGAGAAAAAAUGAAAUCAAUCGAAUGAUCAUAAAAUAAAAUCAAUGUUGUCUGAAGUACUUUUGUUUUUAUUUUUGAAUAUUAUAAAGUCUCCAUGGUCAAUCAAUAAUCAAACUGUGAUCAAUAUCAAUCUCAAUCUUCAACAAACUGUAAGAAAAGUUACACUGUUAUUAUGGGCAGAUAUUGAUCCAGAUAUUGAUUACCCAUAAUGCCUGUUUUAACUGAGUCUGUUGACUGUUGUCAGAAGAUGGAAAAUAAAUUACAGAAACCUUCA